AUGACGCAUAUGCCUCGUUAAUUGCUUUUAGGAGUCGCUGAAUAUCUCGAGGAUCUUUGGUGCCCAUGCACAUAGCUUAGUAGCAUCCAAGCACAGCUGUCAUGGCGCAGCAAUUGUUCGAACAGUGGUUCCGUAUCGCUGAUGCAGACAAAGAUGGAGCGGUUGGAGGUGGCGAAGCUGUGUCAUUUUUCAUGCGCUCGGCACUUCCGCAACUUGUUCUUGGGCAGAUCUGGGAGCUUGCUUCUGGUGGGGCUCCAAAGCUUAAUCAAACUCAGUUCUCGGCGGCAAUGCGCCUGGUCGCUCUAGCGCAGGCACGCGGCGGCCAGCUGCCCCUAGACCAAGCCCGCGCGGUCAUAGCCGGAGUCGGCCCAGCCCUGCCACCUCCCACUCUGCAAGGCCUCGACCCAUCUGGCGCAGCAACAGGGCAACCCGGAGCCCCUUUCAUUCCCUCCGCAGCGACAGCCACGGGAGCUCCCAGGCCUGUCGGCGUCACAGUUUCCACAGCAGCUGCACCGCAGUACGGCGCCGCCAUGGGUGCCGUACCUUCCCCGUAUAACGCACAGCUGACGGGAGGACCUGGCAGCAGCGCCGCAGGUUUGCUUCGGCCAAUCGGUGCGUCUGGUGGUGGUAGUGGCGGCGGGGCUGCUGUGGGAGUUGCUCCCGGCGCCAUGCCGGCGGCGGCAGCGGCGCCAUCGGCGGCGGCGGCGGCGGGUGGUUAUCCUCUUCUGGCGGCCUCUGAUAUUCAGCGGUUGCAGGCUAGUUUUGUGCAGCUGGACGCUGAUCGUGAUGGCUUUGUUACGGGCGCCGAGUGCUUCGGCUUCUUUUCCCAGUCGGGUUUGGAGAAGCCCGUGUUGCGGGACAUUUGGAGCCUGGUGGCUGGCAACGAGAGUCGCCUCUCCAGCGCGCAAUUCGUAGCCUUCCUCUACCUCAUAGACUGUGUCAAACGGGGAUUACCACUGCCCAAGUACUUGCCGCCAGGACUGCCAGUGGCGUGGUCCCUUCAGUCCCAGUUUGGUACGAGCAGCAACAUCACGGCGGUGCUGGCGGCGCCGCAAACGACGUCCCUGCCGGCGCCGCCGCCGCCGCCGACCCUGCCGGCCAAGUUGGAUCUGGCGGCGAUGGCUGGUGAGCGGUUGACGGCGCCGCCGUCAGCAUCACAACACGUCUCCCAUGUGCCGGCGGUGCCGCCGGCGCUGCUUGCCAAUGUGUCGGCCAUGGACCGCACCAAGCUCCAAGAGGAGCUGCAGGCCUACACUGCGGCUCAGGCGGCUAGUGAGAAGUCCGCAGCGGUCCACAGCCACAUCAUGGAGCUCAUGGGGCAGAAGGGGGAGCUGCAGGAGAAGAUGAAGAGGCUCGAGAGCGAGGUUGCGGCGGCUGAGCGCAUGGGUCCUGCUGACGUGGCUCGACUGGAGGGGGAGCUGAGCGAACUGACACACAGGUGCAGCGCUCUGGAGGCGGCGAGGAACGCAAAGAUGGCCAAGGUUGACGGUCUUAGGCGGCAGCAGGAGGCGGUCCGAGCCAAGCUGGGGGAGCUGGCGGAUGCGGACCGGGAUGCGGCGGCGGAGGUGGAGGCGUGUGAGUCCUCCCUGGAGUCGCUGCAGCAGGAACUCAAGGAGGCCCGGUCGUCCGGGAGUGCGGCCGCACUGCCCACGUUGCUGUCCCGGGCUGCCAACGUGUACCGCGGACUGUACGGCCUGGCGCAGCGCAUGGGUACGACAGUGCCGUUCGAGGCGUUGCCUGCCUCCCUGGAGGGCUUACAUGUGUGGGCGGACGAGGUGGCAGCAGGCGUCAUCGACUGGCCCGACGACGAUGUGGACGCACGGGGCUUCGUUAUCGUCAACGCCCUGCCUGGAGCCGACGCGCCGCGACCCAUCGUCAAGGCCGUCGCCGGGGCAGCGGCAGCGGCGGUGGCGGCGGCGGCGGCGCCCAAGCCGGCCAUGGGGGCGGCCCCUGCCGCUGCAACACAGCCUUCAGUCCCGGCAGCAGCAGCAACAGCAGCCGCCAAGGUGCUGCCUAACGGCUUUGCUGCGGCGGCAUCGGUGAACUGUGGCGACGGAGGUGGUUUUGACAACGCGCUGGCUUUUGGCGAUGCGCCUGCUUUCGGAUUACCCGCAAGCGGCAGCAACGUAGCGCCGCCGCCGGCUCCUCCUGGCGCAGCUGCGCCGUCGGCACCCAUUGACUUUGGCUUUGAUGAUGCACCGGCUUUUGGUGCACCCGCUGCGUUGCCUGCGGCAGCGACAGCGGCACCGCCGCCGGGUCUCCACGCGCCUAGCUCCUUCGCCAUAGACCCGGCGGCGCCGCUGAAGGCCGCCGAGACCUCGCCACAUCAGUCCUACAGCGGCGGCGGAAUGGAGGACCUCCCCAACACGCAAAUGAACCGUUUUGGCUCGGCCUUUAGCUUUGGAGAUGGGGGCGAAGGCCAGCGGUCGGUUGACACGCCAACGUUUGUACCGGCGCCGUCGGACUCCGCCGUCGCCGCCGCCAUGCCGUCGGCCCUUUCUGGCGCCGCAGACGCGGACUUUGGCGGCAACGCCUUCACCGCAGGGAUGCCAGCGCCAACGCAUGCCGCCGCUGCUGCAGUUGUUGCCGCUGGCGCCGCCGCGCCGCCGGCGGAACAACAUGCGCCGCUCGCGACGACGCCCAGCCUUUUCGGUGAUGAUGCGUUUGGGACGGCUUCGGCACGGGGAUUUAGCGAAGGUGCAUUUGCUGCCGCUCAGUCUGCCGCCGCAGUGGCGGCGGCGACGGCAGUAGCAGCUGACUCUCGGUCGAGUAGCGUCGGCGGUGCGCCGACGGCCUUGCCGCCGAUGGACAGCGGACCACUCCAGGAGAACCCCUUCGCCGGGGGGCCGCCGCCAUCUCUGGCGGCGGCUGUCGCCAGCGCCACUGCCGCCACCACCACAGUGGCGUCAGUGGGUCUGCCGCCGCCGCCGACCACUGCCGCCACCACCGACACCGCCGCCGGUGUAGGCACGGCGGCGGUGUCAGCAGAGCUUUUUGGUGACAAUGCAUUCGGUACGGCCCCCGCUUUUUCGCUGCCACCGCAGCCCCCGGCGCAGCAACAUGUGACUCCGGCGACGGCGCCGCCGCCGCCGCCGCCGCCGCCGGCAGCUACCAGGUUUGAGGACGACAACCCGUUCGGGGACAGCGAUAACCCGUUCGGGACCACCGCGUUCCGUUAG